GUUGAGUAUUUUUGUUUGACGUUUCUACCAGUUCAAUUUUCUAGCACUUUUUACAUACGUGUCAAGUUAGCUUGUUCGCGUUUUGGCUUCAAAGCCCCUAAUUUUAGGACACAACUGACAAAUAUAUUUCAAAUCAAACAAAAUGGCGCCAAAACAGAGAAUGCGUAUCGCCAACGAGAUUGCCAGUAAAAAUAUCACAAUGCGAGGCAAUGUACCUAAAACCACCAAGGAAAAAGAGGAUCAGUACCCAGUAGCACCAUGGCUGUUAGCUCUCUUCAUUUUCGUAGUCUGUGGGUCGGCCGUCUUCCAAAUCAUUCAAUCUAUUAGACUCGCCUAAGCCUCCUUCCUGUGAUUCUUCGACUGAUAAAUAUUCCCCAACAUUGCAAUCCUCAUUCGUGGCUUGUUUCUUCACACAUAUAAGAUUAGAGUAAGAUAGACAACAUUAGUAACCCUGCAUUCCAUUACUAUGUAGGUCUUUUUCGCGCCAAAAUUAUUAAUAUUAACAUUUAUACAAAGACACUUAAUAAUAAAAAUACAUUGGGAAAUCAACUUUACGUUUUAAAACUAAAAGUCUAUUUUUCUCAGGUUGUGUUUUUUUUAUUUAGUGCAUUUUAUUAUUAAGCGCGCGUAUUCCUUUGUACGUAUGUAUUAAACUUCUCAAGUCAUGAUUAUAACAUCCGAAAUGAAAUUCGUGUACAGUCUACUGCGCAAUUACUAUGUAGCUUCGAAAGUUGCAUCUCAUUGUUUAGUCAUAUAAGGACAGAUUUUAAAUAUAUAAUCUCAAAGGAAAACAUUGUACGUAUAUUCUUGUAUAUUGUAAAAAUAAAUAAAAAAUAAUGUUAAGGGCGGGUGAUGCUUAGGUGCCAAUCUAUUACAAUGAAUCAAUCUGGAAUAUGCACAAUUACUUUCAAAAUAUUCGAUGGUAACCUACUUUAAAAUAGAGUAAAGUGUCAUUAUUAUUAAAAGUGUUUUGGGCUUACAUUUAAAAGGUUGUGAGCUCACAUCUGGCUGAACACAAUUUACAUUUCUGUUCGACUCUUCGGUGAUAGAA